CAGCAGUGCACACAGCAACAUUUACGGAGGAGCGAACGGUAGUGCAGCAUCUCCUUUUCUAAAGAGUGCUGGGGUUCGAAUAGAAAAUGCGGGACUUCCCGCGAGCAGCACAACACAGCCAGCUGCAUUCACAAGUCAAGUAGUUGGCGGCUCCAAAGCCGAUGAUCCCGAUGAAUUUGGUGAACACUGGAUCCACAGAUCUGUGAGCAUGGGAGACAUGUCCGGGGAUGCGAUGAUGCUCCUCGUGCCACAAGAAUUAGUAGACAAGGAUAAUUCACGAUCUGUCGUGGGUGAAGAAGACACCACAGCAGAGGCAGAACAUUUCCAACAAGGCGUAGGGAUUUCCUCAGCACUUCAGCAACUAAGCGAGGAGCCAUCCUCGCAAGAAAAAGUUCCGCCCGAAGUCGUGUCGAAAAUUUCUACUCCUGAACAAGUGCAACACGAUUCUGUGGCUUCUAUAUCAGAAGCAGCAUCUUCUUCGACUGAACCGAAACCGAAGACGGGUGCAAAGCUUCCGCGACGUGUACGUUCUACGCCGUCACGAAAAGAGCUGAGGCGUGUUUGUGAUGCUUUUCAUGCAGCGUUGACACUGAGUCCAGAAGAGGUUCCAAAUUCCGUAUCUGAUUGUUCGUUUGAUGAUUUAUUGCGGGAACGGCAAGGCAGACAAGGACUCCCGCAUCAAGACCAGCUUCCAGAUCUCACAUCUGGUUCGAUAUUGCUUCCGACGGCGAAGCAGAAGGUAUUUCACUCGCGGAACCUAAAUCCACUGGCGGCUGCAUCGAGCGGCGGUGCAGAUGGUGUCGACGAUGCUUCGUCAGAUGGCUCGUUGCUCGACGGCGGGCUUCAGUUCACUGGAAUGUAUGACCCGACUAGAAGCGAUUCACCUUCCAUCGUCUCUUGUGACGGUCACGAGGGUACCAAUGCUGAUGCUUCUCGGCAGGCGGAGCAUAUAAAAAGGAGGUUGCUAGGCAUGAAAGGAGAUUUAGGUUCACCGUUGUUGGAAGGCGAGGUGUCGGCGUCUCUUCCUCGAACGCGCCCUAGCCCAAGAACGCCGUUGGGGCCCCUUGCGUCGUCCCCGUCCGAUGACGAUUUUAUGCUGCCUCCUCCCGCAAAGCCAAUUUAGAAAUGACCAAAGACCAAGACGAAGCCAACUACUCUUUUGAAGACCUUCCUUGUUUUAUAUUUCAUUUAUGGGCAACGGCAAAUGCGUAAGAACACGACUUGGGUUUUUCAUCCCCUUAAGAAUGUACGGCAUGCACCCCAGUAUGCGUGUCUGCUCUUGUUUCGCGAGAAGAUGAGAAUUGUGUCUCUGCAUGUCCGUUGAAAAAACUUGUUUCGAAGUUUCUAGUGUAAUAAAGAUAUCGUUGUAAAAACAAUUCAAGAUAAUUAUUGCAUGGCAACAAGCUUCAUUGAGUUGUUUCGUAACUAAACAACGAUGAACUAUAAUGUUAGAAUGAUGUCGCUGACGCUCGUCGCGAGUGGCGGCAUGAGCAACGUUCACAUGUCAUGACGUCGCUGACGGAAUUCCCCGUAAUUGACUGCGUUUUAUUCGAAUAUGAAACUGGCUGCUCCAGUGGGUACUGAAACAUAAAAUGAAAAUGAAUUGAUGAGCACGAGGCUAGUAGUGUCUUUGAUGGAGCGGCAAUAUACUAGACACCAAGUCAUGUUUUCAAGAAGGACAGCGUUUCUUAGGUAUUUAGGUACGUCGAAGCCGAAGGGGAUACCGUAUCAGAUUGCGCCUUAUAUAUAUAUAUACAUCUCCCUCUGGUUUUUGUCUGACCGAUGUUUAGUUCUUUGGAUUCGGCAAAAUCAACUGAGCAAAUGUUUUCGACAACACUCGUUUCAUUCGUAAGCACAUGCAUGACGAGUACUUAUAUUUAUCCAAGGAGGAUGAGGAACACGUAAUUUUUUCGAGAUAGGCAUGAAGUGGGUCUAUUGAAGAAACAUUAACGACAUGUUAACAUGUGAUUACCAAAAAGUCAACCUUGCAUCUAUUGAAUCCUGCCGUCAGGAUCAAAAAAGAACAUCUAUGGAGCAUUCAUUGGCGUAAACUCGCCUAUCACUCUAUUCAAUGGAUGCACAGUGGCAAUGUAGACUCUCUCGGUUCUUAAAAUUCAUGAUAGUCACCCUGGAGAUUUAGACUUCGUGGAAAGUUAUCGAUCAUAAUGUCGAGGAACGGCGUUCCCCGACAUAAAGCC